GUCUAUGGAAUGUACGGCCCCGAUUGGCUGCGCCGUCGCCUAGCGAUGUCAGGGGUGACAGUGGCGGCUAUGUGAGCCGUCAACUUGGGGCCAGCCUGCGCGGACAUCCCAUUGUAAACGUAAUGCUUUGCUUCAGGCAACCACACAUUAGGUAUUAAUCAUGCGCAGAGCACAGCACGCGCGCGAUGGAAAGAGAAGCAGCGGUGUCGGGACGUCGUAGAUCUGCGUGACAUGCGGCGAGAUAGCGGUGUAGGAAUGUCAGCAUGAGCACAGAGAAGGAAAGGGAGCUGAAGAGAAAACUGCAGAGCUUCCUAAAUGACCUCGCCGUCCUUGGCACACUCAGGGUUGGAAGUCACUUUAACUUAAAUCUUAAGUUACAAAUUGACUUUGGAAAGGUAAGUGGAGAUCCCACGCAUGUUGACCUUACUCAACUCUGUGUUGUCCAGGGAUUCCGCUACUUUUCUUCCUACCUGAGGGGCAGAGAGGAGCUGGCGCUGACAGUUCUCAAUCAGAGCGACAGUGCGGGAGCAUGUGUUGGCGCCACAGCGUCACUGAGUGGGAGCUUCAAUGCUGCAGCUUUGCCUUAUGACACCGCCUCCCUCCUCAUCUCCUUACGCACACAGAAAAGGAUAAGUGGGUUCGGCCACAUGGAUGUGGGUCUCCCUCCAGCCUCUCCAUGCGAAAAAGAGCCCAGCUUACCGGGAGAGGGCCGGACGCUCUUCCUGGUGGCUGGCUACGCGCGCUACGGCUGCCCCUAUGUGUGGGCUCGCUCCAGCCACGAGCGGCUGCUGCGCCUGGACGCGAGCGACGCGUCCGUGCGAGAUAACCCACUCAAGCUGCGCACCACCUCAGCCUGGCCCAAUGCCGACGUGCACGUGUGGGACGUGGUGGCGGAGGUGGUGCGCCUGUGUGCGUGGCCUGCACCCCGCAACCCCCUGGCACUGGACAUGGCUGCCCUGCAUGCCCUCCCGCCCACCGAGAGGGGUCUGGCGACAGGCGCGCUGCUCGCCUUCCUGCACCGCGUGUGUGCCACCGCGGAUCGCAGCAAACCGCUGCGCUCUGCAGUGCUGGAGGAGCUCCCGCCCCUCACUCAGCUGCACAUGGAGUCCAUGCGCUCAGUCAUGACCAACAGCAGCCCACCACCGCGCGCGGCCACACCCCCCAGCCCUCGGCCCGCUCCUUUCAUUGGCCGGCCCGUGACCCUGGCGACACAAUCCAGACAAUCGGUGGCGGAUGAAGGUGCGGGAGGGUGGCAGUUUGAGUUGGGUCCACCUCCCCUGCGGCCAAAACCCAACUGAGACUUAACGAGGGACAUUGAAAGAGGAAAGAGAGACUUUGCCGGUGGUCCGGGCGACGUCGGUCUGAUCGCAGAAGAUGCACGACGUGUACACACGUACAAAAGGCACGCUGGCUCGCCUUGGAUGUUCCACUUAUGAUGCCCCGUGUCAUAUCUGCAGGCAUUUUACAGCCUUAAGCUUAAUUCUCUGGAAGUUAACGGAUAUUUAAAAGCUCUUAACACUGAUCAGCAAAACUUUUUAUCAAAUAAACUGAGCGAUUGUGAACACUUAA